GGAUGCUGCCUUGCGGUCUUUGCUGCCUCCCAUCCCAACCCCAACCCCCAUCCAUGGCAUGACCUACUGGCUUGCUUUUGUCUCCGGACCGCCAGUCAUCCAUCGAUUGAUUCUGCCAUCUAUCACCUCCUGCCCGCGCGGAAGGCGCCCACACACAAUCCCACCAUCCACCCGCUGCCCUGGGCUGUACCGGACCACCCCCCUACCCUCCGCGAUCAUCGCCUCGUCGACUCUUCGAGUGAGUCUUUCGCGUCGGAAUACUCGUCGGGCUCUUCUAGAGGAAUGUGGUUUCCUCUAGAUAUCUUUGGUCGCCCGGUUUUUCUUUGCCCUGGCUCAAUGGACAUACCUCUACGCUGAUCCGCGCCGAACUGGGAUAACGAGAUACCAUGGCUUCCACCUCCACGAAGUCUGCUACGCUGGACGACGCCCGUCGGGGGACGGGGUCGCCGAAAAUGAAGGCCCGAGAAAACGCGAAAGAUACCCUUUGUCGCAACGUAACCAUCUAUGGUCGGUGUCGAUAUGAAGAUAAAGGAUGCGCCUUCAACCACGACCCACAUAAAAUAAACAACGCAUAUCAAACAGACAGCAAUAAGAAGCGACUGAAUGUCGACUCCCCGAGCUUUACGCCGUCUAUCCUAUCCUCAAACGGGUCGUCCCCCACCACUUCAUCAGCAACAAUGAAGAAAAUGGCAACAAUAUCACCGAAAGCUGCCAACGCAGCUCCCUUCCAACCCAGGAGUAUAUCCUCACGAUCCAACUCCAGCACCCCUACUACCCGCCCCGGCACGAUGACCCCUGACUGGUCUGUGGCAGAAGUACAGGAAUUUGUGCCUCAGGGCUUUGAUACCUCCCACAUGGCUUCCUUGCAAGGAAACGGCAGCGCCGGAGUCCCCUCUACGAGUGCCUUCGAUCCUUUCGUCACAGCUCCGAACCCCCUUUCUGCGGCCAGCGCUGUCGGUCCGGUGCAAGCCAACCCCUUCUCACAUGACACUGCUGCGGCGCUGAACGGGGCUUUCUUUGCCAACCAGUCCGGUUUCCAGCAACCUGUUCAAUAUCACAUGUACGCUCCCAUUGGGCCUCAUAGUCAAAAUAUUCUGGCCUACCAGCGGAAUGCGCACGACUUUUUCCUUCCCAAUGACUGCCGAGAGGAUCUGCAGAAGAAGGCGGCGGCUACGUUGCAGACCCUUCCCAAUACCCAGCUACCUGCUCAGGUUGAUUAUUUUCACUCUCUUGUCCCGCUGGAUCUCAACCAUCAGAAGAACGCUACCAUUUUUGGAUUCCCCAGCUGGGUGUACAAAGCCCAGUCCAGCAAGGAUGGGAAUUUCUAUGCUCUUCGGAGGCUUGAGGGUUUCCGGUUGACGAACGAGAAAGCCAUCCGCUCUGUGCAAGCCUGGAAACGAGUCUACAGCGGCAGUGUGGUGACGGUCCAUGAUGCAUUUACCAGUCGUAGUUUCCAGGACAGCUCGUUGAUCUUUGUCACUGACUACCAUCCCCUAUCGAAGACGCUGGCAGAGCAGCACCUUGGCGCUGGAAACCGGUUCCAGGGCCGUCCCAAUAUUGCGCCCAUUCCAGAACAGGUUCUUUGGGGCUAUAUGACCCAGAUCGCCAAUGGUAUUAAAGCCAUCCACAGCAACGGACUCGCCGCGCGGAUCAUCGACCCUAGCAAGAUUCUUCUGACGGGGCGGAACCGCGUUCGCUUGAAUGCUUGCGCGAUCAUGGAUGUUGUCCAAUUCGACACGCAACGCUCGGUUGCCGAACUCCAGCGUCAGGAUCUGGUCAACUUCGGCCAGCUGAUUGUCACGCUGGGGGCGAACCAGCCUGGAGUGAUGCACAACCCUGCGAAGGCGAUGGAUCAUUUCACCCGCGCAUACACUCCGCAGCUAAAGACAUCGGUCUUCUGGCUUCUGAACGGGCUGCAGAAAGACGAGAGGAAUAUUGACAUGUUCAUUACGGCCAUCUCGUCGCAGUUAAUGUCGACUUUCGACUCUGCACUGCAUAUGGACGACCAGCUCACGUCGGACCUCAGCCGCGAGCUGGAGAACGGACGUAUCGUGCGACUUAUGACGAAGCUGAACCUAGUGAACGAGCGACCGGAGUACGAGCACGACCGGCAGUGGUCCGAGAACGGAGAGCGCUACUUCCUGAAAAUCUUCCGGGACUACGUUUUCCACCAGGUGGACGCGCAGGGUGACCCGGUGGUUGAUCUCGGUCACGUGCUAACGUGCCUAAACAAGCUGGACGCGGGCUCAGACGAGAAAGUCACCCUCGUGAGCCGGGACGAGCAGAGUUGCUUCGUGGUCAGCUACAAGGAGCUUAAGAAAGCUCUCGAAUCGUCCUUCCAAGCGCUGCUGAAGCCAGCGGGCCGAAGGCUUCACUAAGCGCCAAUGGGCGUAUAUACGUUGGAAAGAAUUCCAUUUCAUUCAGUUUCAUGAGUUUCACGAUGAGACAUGUCUCCCGAGGAACAAUACCUUGUGUGUGUGUGUGUGUGUGCAUUUGCUGAUCCGUUUGGAUCUACUUGUUGGGUGAUACUUGGGUUAGGGUCAUCUAUACGAGGUAGUUGCUUGCUUGCCUGCGGCCCCGUUAUAUCACACCGUCCCUUCAACCGUCUUUGUGACGGGUAUACAGAGAGAUAGCUAGAAUAUAUCAAGUUGCCAUUUAGUUA